AUGGGAAUCCGAAAUUUGGCAACAAACAUCAAGCCCUACUCCAAAGACUGCGUUCUCGAUUCCAGCUCCAGAAUUGUCGUUGAUGGGCCCAGCCUCGCAUACCACAUAAUUUCCUUGUGCUCGCCUAGACAGGGAGCCACGACACCCUUUCAGCAACCCAGCUACGAUCUCUUGGCUGGCACAGCUUUGGCAUGGCUACAAGAGCUGGAACGACAUGGCCCUACGGUUGCUGCCAUAUAUUUCGAUGGACACUUGCCGAGGCGAAAGCUGGCAGAGAGGCUCGAGCGAUCCACUAAAGUCUCUCGGCAACUAAAUAACUUCUUCCUCUCUACUCCUCACGGUGUUUCGGAGAUCACACCAUGCAUAACGUCAGUAGAGGCCGUCAGGCUCUUUUCCUUAGAUGGCAGGUUAGCGACAAGCACUCCCUCGGGCUCGGGGACGCUGCCAAUCCCUUCGUUUGCAGUCGGCACCAUAUAUGACGCUUUGCGAUACUCGGAGCGGUAUGGAUCCUUGACAAAGCUUGUCCCUGAGGAGGCAGACUGCUACUGCGCCGAGUCUGUACGUGUCGCAGGAGGCAUCAUCUUGACCUCGGACUCGGACUUGUUAGUCUUUGAUUUGGGCGAGGACGGCAGUGUGACGUUGUUCCAGGACAUUGGAGUUCCAGCAGCCGGCAAAACUGCAGGAUCCGUAGGUGGCUUCCACGCUCGGACGUAUACUCCUGCAAAGAUAGCCAACAGGCUCGGUCUACCCAAAGCCUACGGCUUGUCCGCUCUUGCCUUCGAGAUCCAUAUGGACACGCACAUUAGCCCAGGCAAAUUACUCGAAAAGUCGAGACAGUCCGCCGCCAUCAAAGCAAACCCCAAAGAGUACGAGGUGUUCAUGGAGCAAUAUCGGCUAUCCCCCCAGGACAUAACUACCGCGGCCAUGCUUUCCAUUGAGGAGAUGAAGCCAAUGGAUUCGAGGACCUCAGAGCUUGUCAUUCAAUCCCUCAGCCCUGUCAAUGUGAGCGCGUCCGAGGUUGGGGAUGGCACUGGUGAGGCUUCAAAUGAAGCAACCAUGUUUCUCCCUGCUCUUGUGGAUGCAUGGUCACGAAGCAGCGCAUGGGAGAUGAGCACCUCUGUUAGGGAAUUAGCCUACAGCGUACUCCAGCUUGCCCAGGACUCGGCUAACAAACACAGCCAAGUCCGCGAGUACAGGCGACUAUUGUCGACCAAACCCAGUGGUACGCUGCUGGAGCUGUCCAAUUGUGGUGAUAUCGACGUCUCUUGCACAAGGUUGACAGAGAUCAUCAAAAAGAUCCGUUCUAUUAUGACCAGUCAGGACCCAUCCCUAGCUUGGACUGUCUUUGGAUUCCAUGAAGAAUUACGCUGCUCUCAAGAAGCAGGAAAGCAGCCACUGGGGCUACAUGUCCUUACUUACUGGACUAAUUCAGAUGGCACCAUCCGAGACACUGCCUCUUGGGACAUUCUUCACUUCGUCGCGCAGACCAACGGUCUGUUCUACUCCUUGGGAAUGCUGCGGCAGGCACUCGACUUUGUUGCCGGGCGCAAGCCUCUCCCAUCGCCCGCUUUGAGAGGUCUUUCAGACGAGCUUUGCCAUAUACCACAUGUCACCAAGUAUUGCUCCGUACAUGAUGUCAAGGAUCUUCCACAAAGACUGAAAUCUGCCGGCGGGCUGGACGCCCUGCAAGAAAUUGCCGACUUGUCAAAGCCGAUUGCUUUUGACGACAGACCAAAGCUUCAGGGCAAGAGUAAGAAGAAAAGGAAACGAACAGCAGAUGCGUCGGGCGCAAGAGCCAGUCCAAAGAUGGCCGGUAAGGGCAGGAAUAUGUUCUCAAUAUUGGAUUCUAUGGGAUCGGACUGA